CCCUUCGCCUUUUCCAAGUGCCACGUGAUGGUGCGGAGGUCACAUGACCAUCUCCUCCGCUCCCACACUUCCUAAUGCUGCUUCGAGCCGGUUGGAAAAGAGGGGGAGGGCGAGGGAGACUUUCGCGGAGCGAAAUGGGGGUUGGCUGGCGCUCUGAAGCGCCUCCUCUACGGCGGCUGGCCGGGGGGCCCGCGCUGGGCCUCCGUUCAGGACCUGCCUGCGGUCGGUUUUCUUGGGCUCGUGGCCAGGACGCCUCUCAGCGCUGGGAGGAAACCUACGCAGCCGUCGUCUCUUUCCAGGCCCAUCGCUCAGAACGACUUCUGGGGUCCGGCAGGGCUCGGUGGGCGCCUGCCGCUGUGGUCAGAGUCGACGCCGUGGCCUCUUCCUUCCUCUCCACGUUCUCUGCAUCACAAUGGGGCCAAAUCAUCCGCGCCCCGGGGACCUCCAGCGGUCACUCGUCGGUGGAGGCGGGCGGCCUCCUUCCGGGACUUUUCCCAGGAUUGCUCCGGGAGCUGCCGAAGCCCCGGCGUCAGGCCCUACGGCCUUACCCUCGUCCUGACGGGCCACUAGGAUCUAGGAACUCUACAUUCCGGGCAAAUCAAGCUCUUCCCCCAGCUGGCUAUUCCCAACUCCCACCUCCCUGCUUUUGUACAAGUCAGUCCACAUCUCUGCCUCACAGAAAUCUUGUCUUCCUAAGGUUCACCUCAGUCUUCCCUGGUUCUUUGGUGUUAGUGCUCUAUUUUCUUUGUACAGAGUUUUCUUCCCAAUAGAAUAUAAGCUUCAUGAGGGCAGGCACUAUUUCCUUAUUUUAUCUUUGUAUCCUCUGUUCCUAGCACAUAAUAUUCACAUGCAUAAUAAAUGUCUGUCCAGGAGCACAGUCA